CAUACCCUGCGAUACGUACUGCCAGGAAUAUAAAAAAGAAGAAUCACUGUAUAUUUAGUUGCAUAAUGUAUUAUAUUUCAAACCGAUUAAAUUUCUUUGAAAAACUGAUUGAAAGCUUGGUUCAAAGCGAAAAACGGUUGACUAUCUUCCGACAUGUGUGAUUUAAGGGGAUUUAAGCAGAGAUAUGGACUAAGUCCAUAUCUCUAGAUUAUACUUAUAUAUAAAUGUGUGUAUAAAGAACGUUAGCAGUCUUAUUUUUUGAAGCUAGGUAGGUAACUGAACGUUUGUAAACAGGAAUUAUUAUUGCAGAAUGAAAUUUGUCGUGCCACUCAUUUUGACGAUCGUGCCUUGGUAAAAAUGUUAAUGGCAUUCCUUUUAUCGUUCCUGAGCCGAUCCAUGCAACGGAACGAGAUCAUUAUUUAAUUUGCCCUAUUGAAAAUAGAUUUAUCCAUCCUCGACCUUUUGUUCUAAUUAAAUAUCAUUCGUUCAAAUCUAAAAUUAAAAGAUCUAGACGAUUUUUGGACGUAGUUUCUCGACUCAAGUCUUUUUUAGUACCCCUUUUUCCAUCACGCUGCGAGUCUGGCCAGCCAAAAGUAGGCGUUCCCGCUCGUGACAGCGGGGUCACGGACUCAUUCAACGCCUCACCCCCAUCACAUGACAUAUUUCAAAUGCAUAUUGAUUUUACGUUUUUGCUUAAAAACACUUAACAAAAUUCGAUAAACAAUUCGUGUCGCCUGUUGAUUAAUUUCAUGUCGAUGAUUCAGGCAUAAAAAUAAUUUAUAUCGUUUCUCCCCACCUUUCUUCUAUUUUUUUUGCCCAUUUGUUCGGCCAGUUGCGUCCGAACUGAGCUCCGGAGCCCCCAAAGACUGCUCGUCGUCGCGAAAAUCGACCGAAAAUGCCGUUCAACGUAAUGAUACAGCUGUGCCGCGUCACCAGGGCCAGCAAACUCUUCCAAAGGAAUUUCUAUUUGCCCUUGCUGAAGCCGCUGUCGCCCAAAGACGCGCUCAGGAGGCACAUCAUCACAGGUAAAGAUGUGUUGCAAAAGGCUUUGGAGCACUGGAUUCCCGUCCUGGAAGAGUACGCUGCCAGAGUGCAGCGACGCAGACACGCGCCGAAGGGUAGGGGUAAGAAACGACAAAGGCGAAAGGAAUCGAUGAAAUAUGUGAUGCCUUUCUUCGACGACACGUUGCCGUCUCACCCGAAAUUAGAGAAUUUGGUUGCGAGGAAAUCGAAAGGCCGGGGACAAUGCUACACCUACCAUAUCCCAGAGAAAAAAUGUACUCUGGUACUAACCCAUCAAAUGGAACGGGCUAUCCGAGACAAAGAUAUUGUUGAUAUCGUAAUAGCGCAGCGUCACGAAAAGAUUAUCGUAAAGAUGCGUGACGGUACAAAAGUAACCAUGCCUCUUUGUCCGUAUGAGGGUAGGGCACCCUUAUACCGAGGAGAAGGUUGGACGAGAAAGGAUAUCGAAGAAUUCCACCAUCACGGCCACGAGACUUUCUCCAUAGCGCAACUGUUCGAGGCCAAAGAGGCCGGUAUCGAGGAAUGGGAGCUGGAAAUGAUGCGACUGGCCAGCCAGCGCAAGAAGAAAAUGAAGGGCGAAGGCACGCAGGACUGGAAAGCCAUGCUGCAAACGACGGUGGAAAACAUGGACUGGGAAGAGUUCGAAGAGGACGCUAAGCAAAUCGUGACAGAAGUAAACGAGGUGGUCGAAGACGAACCCAUCGCCAUGCAAGUGGACGACAUGGAGCUAACCUGCGACGUGAACGAGAAACUAAAAGCCGCCGGAGCCGACGUGCUGGCCUUGUUGCCUUCGAUGCCCGAGAUUCCCCAGCUGCUUCGGCUGCUUUCAGGCCAGAGCGAAUUGACGCAGGUGGCCAAGGUGUCGGGUGCGCGCGUCAGUCUGGACGCGGGUUCCGACCGCUUCGUGCCCGGGCAACUGGUGGCCUCGGAGGAGGGUGAGCUGUUCGUGCCCGGACAGACGGUGCUGACGGAGGCGGGAGAGAAGGAGUACACGCCCGGGUUCACCGUCAUGAUGGACGGGGAGCCCACUCUCAUUCCCGGCCUUGUGAUGGGGAACGAUCCCAACAAGGCCAUGUUCCUCCCCGGCGAGUCCACUAUCACCGGCGGGGGAGAGCUGCAGUUCGCGGCCUCGGCCGAUGAUGUUCUGGUUAACGAACCCCUGCCGCCUCCCGUCGAGGAGCCCGAGGAGGCGGAGCUGGACGAGGAUCAGAACAGCGUGGAGGAGGAGAUCGAGAUGCGCCCGCCUCCCAAACGCGAGCGGAAGGAAUUCGUGUACGAGCGUCCGAAGCGACAGUACGACGUCGAGAGCAUGGGUCCUAAGCAUCGCGAACGCGGUCCCAAACGGUUGCCAGCAGCCCUACAAGCAGCAGCGAACGAGCCUCCGCCCGCGCCGAAGCCCUUCGUUCCCGUCAAGAUGAUCGAGUUUACACCGCCGGUGUUCGAGAAGGACCUGCUGGAGCAAGAGAAGGAGCGCGUGGCCGCCAUGAAAGAAAAGACCGGUAAGGAAGAGGCCAAGGUAGAUAAGACUCGCAGGGAGAUCCGCAUGAGAGCUAAAAACCUUAUGGACAGCAGACCGCCGCCUCCUAAGUACGAGCCCUUGGAACCGGUACGUAAGAGCGAAAAGUUGAGGGAGAUGGAGCGUAGUAUUAAGCAGGGCGCAUUCUUCGACACCGAUUAUAAGAAGUAUUUGGUACGCGAGCGCAAUAGCUGGCCCGUCAAUUGGCUGGAAAAGUACCAGUAUCGUAACACGUUUGACACGGUGGGGAUACAGCGCCACCGCGUGUGGAAGUCGGUGUUUUAGUGCGCAGGCGUCGCCGGGA